AUGGCCUCUGAUACGCGACAAGAUAAACGAAAACAUAAUGAGAUACGGGAAAUCCGGAUAUCGUACGAUGGAUUAGCAAGAGUAGAUGGCUCGGCUCGGUUUGGUUUUGGUAUGCCCGUCACGCCAGGUGAUACGGCUGCGCUGGCCUCGAUAUCUGGGCCUAUCGAAGUCAGGCUGGCCGCGGAGCUGCCUUCAAAAGCAACGUUUGAGGUGCUUGUUAGGCCGCUGUCGAAUGUGCCAGCAACCGAGGCGAAAUCGUUGGCGGCGAGUAUACGGUCCACCCUCGAACCCUCGCUCAUCUUGACGAAGAACCCGAGGACGCUUGUGCAGCUUGUUGUGCAGAGUCUGAGUCCGCCGCGUGAUGCGUUGAGUCUGUCGGCUGCAAUGGUGAAUGCCAGCUCGUUGGCGCUGCUCAAAGCGAGCUCGGUGCCGAUGAAAGGCGUCGUUGCGGCUGUAGCUGUGGGUCAGCUUUCGAGUGGAGCUCUUGUGCUUGAUCCUAGUGAUGAGGCUGAGGUUGUCAAGGGAGGAGGGGUGUUCGCCUUCAUGUUUGCUGAUGGCAUAGGCCUGAACGACUCAAACACCGAUUGCCUUUGGACAAGUUGGAAAUCGACAUUGGGGAGAUAUGAUGAGAAAGAGUUGGUUGCAGCGAGGGAGCUGGCGAGGGAAGGUGCACAAGAGGUUUACACCGCCAUGAGGAAGAGCUUCGAACACUCGGGUGAGAUGGGUGUCAACACCAAUGAUGAAGAAGACGACGAUAAAAUGGAGAUUUGA